AUGACUAUUACAUUGGAAGACUUAAAGAGAGAUAAUUUACAUAGUACUCAAAAUAAAAGAAAAUACAAUUGUCGUAUGAAUUUUAAAAGAUUUACCAAAAAAAGAAAUAAAGAUAAAGAAAAUAAAGAUAACAAUAUUAAUAUUAAAACAGCAUUAAUAAAAAACGAAGUGAUUGGUGAUGAUAUUGAUGAAUAUUCUGAUAUUAAUUUAAUGAGAACAUGUAAUAAAUUUAAAAUACUUAAAAAUAGUAGUAAAACAAAAAUAUAUAAAACAAAUGAUAAAAAGCUAGACAAUUAUGAUUAUGAAAGAGAUCAAACAUUUUGUUCAUUAACUGAUCUAGAGGACGUAGUGAAUGAAGAUAAAAAAAGAAGUAAAUUCUUUUUUUAUAAAAAUAAAAGUUUGAAUGAUUAUAACAAAUGCUACGAAAAAAAAAGUAAGAGGCUUAAAUGGUUUAGACUAAGAAGAAAAAAAAAGGAGUCAGUAGAAGAUAAAAAUUUAAAAUAUUUAAAUGAAUCUGUUUGCUCAAAUUAUAAAGAUUUAAAUAGCAAAAAUCAAUUAGAUAAUUCUUCACAGUAUACUAAAAAGUGUGUACUAAACACCAUUAAUGGAAUAAAAGGUGUUUCAACUUGGAUAUUUUGA